AUGGUCCCUGUACAGUCUUUCACAGGUGGGCUGCUGGGCACAGGUGGGGCUGCUGGUCACAGGUGGGGCUGCUGGUCACAGGUGGGGCUGCUGGUCACAGGUGGGGCUGCUGGUCACAGGUGGGGCUGCUGGUCACAGGUGGGGCUGCUGGUCACAGGUGGGGCUGCUGGUCACAGGUGGGGCUGCUGGUCACAGGUGGGGUUGCUGGUGCUGGUGCUGGCGGCUGGCGCUGGUGCUGGUUCCUGGUGCUGGCAGCUGGCACUUGGGCUGGUUCCUGAUGCUGGCGGCUGGCGCUGGGGCUGGUUCCUGGUGCUGGCGGCUGGCGCUGGUGCUGGUUCCUGGUGCUGGCGGCUGGCACUGGGGCUGGUUCCUGGUGCUGGCGGCCGGCGCUGGGGCUGGUUCCUGGUGCUGGCGACUGGCGCUGGGGCUGGUUCCUGGUGCUGGCGGCUGGCGCUGGGGCUGGUUCCUGGUGCUGGCAGCUGGCGCUGGGGCUGGUUCCUGGUGCUGGCGGCUGGCGCUGGGGCUGGUUCCUGGUGCUGGCGGCUGGCGCUGGGGCUGGUUCCUGGUGCUGGCGGCUGGCGCUGGUGCUGGUUCCUGGUGCUGGCGGCUGGCGCUGCGACCGCCGGUGCGACGGGCGAGGUGCAAGGUGGCGCUGGCUGCAGUCGAUGGCGCAAACGCGAUCGCGGGCCGCUGGCGACUUCGCUGGCGACUUCGCUGGCGGGUCGCUGGCGGCGGGUCCGCUGGCGUUCGCCAUAG